AUCGAUUUCUCAGCAUUGUCAUACCAUAAAACCUUCUCCAACACAUCCCGUUUCAACGAGCCUACAAUUUCCACUAAGCUUUUCCAGGCAACUAUCUUGCAUUCCGUGAAAAUAUCCGCCUGAAUACAUCUCUGUUUGUAUCCCUCCAAAAUUUCCUCCAAAUCUCCACUACCGCUCGGGAUCGCGGCAGGCUUCUCCGCAUGCGCGGACAAAUGACGCUUCAAUUUGACCGAUAUCCGUCUCUCUCUCGCACGUUCGGAUCCGCGACGCGCGAGAGAGACGGAAUAUCCCGUUUGGUAAGUUGAAAAAUGGCGGUGGUGUACGCGACACGCACGAUUGUGGAAAAUAUUGAAUAUUUUCAGGAAAUCUUUUCAAAAUGUGUUUUGAACUAGCCAAAAGUCGGCUUACUCGCAUUUGACGUCGGGAAUAAUUCUCAGAGGUUAUAUCGAGCGUAUGUUUCGGCAGUAAACAUAAAUAUUUUGAACGGUCAUGGAGUCUGACGAGGAGCAUUUUGACGAGCGUUCGCCUGUUGGACAGAUAAUCAACCACGUUAACAAGCUGUGCAAGAAGCCACAAAUUGAUGAGCAACUGCAGCAGGCCAUCGCUAAGUUUAAUGGUCAUAUAGAGCAUCAGAAGCGCUAUUUAUCCAAUGGAAUCUUUAACAUCAACUUUGCUGAGGCUGCACUGUUCAUUCAGAGCUGCUCGACUUUAUAUGGAAAGAAAGUUGACUUGCUGUGGGAUGAACUUCUGGCUCUCCACACCAGGCUGAUUCAGUACGAUUGCGAACACAAGAAGCAAAAAGGAUCUAAGCUCGACGAGGAAGUAAUAAAGAAGCUAGAAGAGCGCCGAAAUAGAUACAAGCGCAAAAAGAAGUUCAAACUUGCUAUUGAGCAGGAGGAAACUGGCAUUUGCUUGUUUGAUAAGCGUUUACAGGACAUCCCUCAGUUUACUCCUGAUGAACACAUGACGAAGAUGUGGAAAAAGAUUGAAUAUGCAGGUAUAUUCAGAUAAAAUUGGGGUAUAGUUUUAAGAAAUACAAAAUUUGUUAAAUUUUGAAACAGUAGGCGAAUCGUUCUUUAAAUCCUGCUUUUUUGGAAAUGUAAAUUUUUACUGAAUGGAGUGUCUUCAGGCCAAGAACUUUCAUCCUCUUAUGCUAUUACUUUGUAAUUUAAAAAAAUAAUCCUAUACAUGAUCUAUUGUUUGUGAAGGCAAUGAACAAAGAAGUAUCCCUUACUUGGUGUACAAACAACAGACACAAAUGUAUAGGAUAAAAAACUACCCAAUUCUCAAAAGUACUGAUUUUGAUGUUAUGGACCUGGAUGAUGAAGAAUUUAACACUAAAUAUAGCCGCAUUCCAUGCUGGCAUGUCAUCCACCAUCUAAUAGAGUACAAUGACCAGGGUCUUCUGCCUGACAAAGAGCACCACUGUAUAGCCAAUCUCAAACUGCUGAUAUAUGAGAGAUUAAAGUUCAUGGAUGAAAAUAACAUCCCACCGAACACACCAUUCGAGGUGUAUGAAAAAGAGUAUAUGGUGUACAGGCAGAAAUUCAUUGAAUCAGAAUCAAAGAAAUGGCAAAAUAUGCCGUUGGAUACCAUGGCCGAUCUGCAUAGGCAACUGAUGUACCUGGCGCGCAUGGACAAACAACUUUCCACCUGCCGAUCACCGAAUCCCAAAGUAUUCCCCGACAUUAUCCAUUGCUGCGAGGGCAGCAAAAGCAGCCUUUCCAGUUGUGACAGCGUUAUCGACCUUAGAAGCAAUCCCGACGAACAGAUCGUGAAGACGAACCUUUUUGUCGAUCUGGAACGUAUGUCGUCGGAUCUGAUUAACACCAAACUGAGGUCAGACUCCGGAUAUUACGAUUUCGAAGAGGACAGUGACGAUGACGAUCAAACAGAAGAUAACAUUCAAUGCGAAUGUCAAGCUGAAGGUCAGGCACGGUGCGAAGGUCAAGGCCAAGUUAAGGAGCAAGCCGAAGGUCAAACCGUGGAUCAGAUUCAGUGCGAAUGUCAAGCUGAAGGUCAGGGACAGUGUAAAGGUCAAGGUCUAUAUGAGGAGCAAGCUGAAGGUCAAGCUGUAGAUCAGAUUCAAUGUGAAUGUCAAGCUGAAGGUCAGGCACAGUGUAAAGGUCAGAGACAAUGUGAAAGUCAAGAGCCGGAGCAAGCUGAAGGUGAAACUGUGGAUCAGAUUCAAUGUGAAUGUCAAGCUGAAGGUCAGGGACAGUGUAAAGGUCAAGGUCGUGAGACGGAGCAAGGGGAAGGCGAAACUGUGGAUCCGAUUCGGUGCGAGUGUCAAACUGAAGGUCAGGGACAGUGUAAAGGUCAAAGCGAAUGUCAGAGUCAACGUGAAGGUCAAGGUCAAGAUAAGGAGCAAGCUGAAGGUCGAACUGUGGAUCAGAUUCGGUGUGAGUGUCAAAAUGAAGGCCAGGGUCAUUGUCAAGGACAGAUAGAAAGUCAAAGUGGUUGUCAAGUGCAAUUGAUUGUUGAUGGUCAGGCACAAAUACAAGGAGGAGGUCAGGAUGGAGGUCAAGGUCUUACAACUGAUAAACAUGGUGAAGGAGAGAGAACUAUGGAUGGUGAUUCGAUCCCGCUUCUGAUGGACCACGACAAAGAGAACACGCCUCCGCCUGCCGAUCUUUGCAACGAUGAUGACAUCGACGAUGCCAGAAGCAUCGUGAGCGAUCACGAUUAUUGCGCGAACGCGCCCAAUACGAUCUUGGCCGAAUUGAACCGAAACAGAAACGAAGAAACGAUCGCGAAGAAAAUGGACAGGGAGAUGCCUCCGCCUCCGUUGCCUCCCGUUUUUGGCGGGAGCAAGAUCCUGCCCAAGCCGAUCAGGUUGAAGGAGAAGAGAGUCAAAGAACCGAAGACGAAAGAAAACGGAGGUACGGCUUCUAAAGUAAGAAAAAUGUCCCAGAAACAGCUUGAAAAACUGAAGCAAAAUAUGGUAAUUGCCGAAAAAGUGAGGAUGACGAAGUUUGAAAAGUUCUUUGCAAGAAAUUACCAAGCGCAAAUGGGAGAAGGUGAGAUCCAAGCGAUGUCAUCCGACUCGGAAUCCGAAACGUCCGAGGUUCCUGAACCUCCAGACUUUCCUGAACCUGCAGACUUUCCCGAACCUCCAGAUCUCCAAAACGCCGACACGAUGUCGGUGAUGUCAGAUCACAGUUACUGUCAGGUGCAACAAGACAGUGGCAGGCCGAACGAUUCGGCCUUUCCAGACGACUCCCAGGUGCUCCAAGAGCACAUUGAGGUCCAGGAAGGUCAAGAGGUGGCGAGUAGGGAGGACGCGGAGGCGCAGAACGGAACUAGUAGUGGUGAAACGAGGGUGGAGGGUAGGAGAAAGAGGAAAGCAGACCCAAUGGAGGAGCAGAUCCAGGAGGCGUUGAAGAGGUUCAGGGAGUCCAGGAAGGGUGAAGACGAGUGUUUUAGGAGGGCGUCAGAGAGCUUCGUGAGACACGAGAUGACCGAAGAGGAGCUUGAAGAGAGCAGGCAAAGGGUAGAAAAUUGGCGCAGUCACAUUUUACCGAUCCUGAAAACCUUAUCGGAAUCCGAGUUCGACAUCCACGAGUACGGAUCUGCUAUCAUGGAGGGAGUUGACGUUGGGGAGAAAAAGCAUUUCAAGGAGGUGGUGCAAGGAAAACCACCUAAAGAGGUCGAGACCAAAACAUCCUCUUUGCAACCAACAAAUCAUCAACAACAACAACCAACAACAUCAGCUAGACGCCUUGAUGAUGACGUUGACGUUUUCUCUUCAGAACGUCACAGUACUUCGACGGUGGUGCGAUAUUUCAUAUCGUCCCUGCAACUCGCCAACACCGGCAACAUCGACAUUUGCGGCGUACAACCGGGUCAGUUGGCCAACGAGAGCUUCGAGGUGAAACUGCUGACUAAAGAGAGGUACCACGAGCAUCUGAAAGAGUACCAUGCUCCGUCCGAGGAUGACAGAAAGGACAAGAUGAAGAAGAUUAGGGAGAUGAGAGAGAAAGAUCAGGGCGAGGAACCGCCCUGCAAGCAACCGAAACCCUCCUAUCGCGGCAAGACGCCGCUGAACAGCACCAGAUGUUACACGAAAUCCUCCCGAAAGCUGACGUCGACACCUCAGCAACAAAUGCCUACCGUCCGCAUCUGUCUCGAACGACUACAACCUCCUACCUCAAUUUCCGCUCCUCUCCCGUCAUUCUCGACCCUUGCUUCCCCUAACGCGACCCCCCACCCGUCGGUUCAACGCGUUUCAACUCCGCAGGCGCCGCUUCGCAGCGUUUCCGCUUUUCAAGACGAUAUGGCAACGCCGUCCACGUCCAGAGCGUCCUUCGAUGAUUUCCUCCAAUCGGAGCCCGCCGAUAGGCAGUUGUUUUCAACGCCGGUAUCCGAUAGGUCGCCGGUGAGGAGUUACGGCGGGCCCAAGGUCAGGCAUAGGUUGUUCGAGUAGAUGUAUGCUGGUUACGAUAAUUUUUUGUUCUUACUCAGUGGGUGUGUCUAAGGUUCGAUGCUUUUUAUUUGUCAAUUGUUGGUAUCUAUCGAGGUUUUGGUUUUGUGUGUUUGCUUUAUGGAAAAUGAGGUAAGAUGAAGAUGGUUAGGUCGAGACCGAAACAGCAUCUUUGCAACCAAGUUUUGGAAAGCAUGAUUUUUUUUAAAUUCGAAAUCCGGAUUUUUUUCAAAAUCUAAUAUUUUGAAAACUGGAAAUUUGGAGAUUAUUAAUAAUUUUGAUAAUUUUGAAAUUCGAAAUUCUUUGAAUUCAAAUUUUUGAAAAUUUUGAAGCAUUGAAAAAUCGUGAAAUGUAAAUUUUGAAAGUUCUUAUAAUCGCGAAAUUUUUGAAAGCUCUGAAUAUUUGCAAAAUUUUGGAGACCGAAAAUUUCGCAAUUUUAAUUAUUUUUAAAUUCAAUAAGGUCGACAUUUUUGAAAAUUUUUAAGCUUUGAAAAAUCUUGUGAAAAUAAUGGAAAUUUUGAAAGUUCUUGUAAUCGCGA